CCGUUCCUCUCUCCCCAUCCUUAGCCCCAGGGUUUUGAGGCGGCUACGUGGGGCGUCCCUACCUUGAGCCGGUGCAGUUGCCCGCAGCCCGGAAUCCAUGAUCACUGUGGCGAGGCGGGAGGACGCGGGCGGCAGCUAGCCCCCCAGUCGCACGUGCUGCGGCUCCGCGCCCGGCCCUGCCUCCUGGCCCUGUGAAGUUGGGGGCGGUACCCAGGCACUCCCCCUGUGCCGCCGCGGUUUCCAAGGGGUCAGAAACCGCUGUGUUUGUGUCGUCCGCGGAGCCGGGAUCCGUGGUGCGGGCGCUGUGCCUAGCCGGCCGGAGGCAACCCUAACGCGUCAGCCGGAGACCCGUGCCAGGGGUGGGAGUCGCAGCCUGGGCUGUGAGCGGCUGCUGGGGAGACAGACUCGCUUUCUCUUUCAGCAUGCCUUUUUCAAAGUGCACCGUGGUGCCGCUGCCUUAAGCCCUAGGGGAAGACCCUGCUGCCUCUAGACCGGUGCUUAUGGUCGCCACUGUUAUUCUGACUCAAGUCCUAUGUCACUGAGCUACCCUAUAAUAAUGCCUUAAGAAAGAGCCAUGGAGAAGUAUGUUAGACUACAGAAGAUUGGAGAAGGCUCAUUUGGAAAAGCUGUUCUUGUUAAGUCCACAGAGGAUGGCAGGCAUUAUGUUAUCAAGGAAAUUAACAUUUCAAGAAUGUCCGGCAAAGAACGGCAGGAAUCAAGGAGAGAAGUUGCAGUGUUGGCAAACAUGAAGCAUCCAAAUAUUGUCCAGUACAAAGAAUCAUUUGAAGAAAAUGGCUCUCUCUACAUAGUAAUGGAUUACUGUGAAGGAGGAGACCUGUUUAAACGAAUAAAUGCUCAGAAAGGUGCUUUGUUUCAAGAAGAUCAGAUUUUGGACUGGUUUGUACAGAUAUGUUUGGCUUUGAAGCAUGUACAUGAUAGAAAAAUUCUUCACCGAGACAUAAAGUCACAGAACAUAUUUCUAACCAAAGAUGGGACAGUGCAGCUUGGAGAUUUUGGAAUUGCUCGAGUUCUUAAUAGUACUGUAGAACUGGCUCGAACUUGCAUAGGGACUCCAUAUUACCUGUCUCCUGAAAUCUGCGAAAACAAGCCUUACAAUAAUAAAAGUGACAUCUGGGCUUUGGGCUGUGUCCUUUAUGAGUUGUGCACACUGAAACACGCAUUUGAAGCUGGGAACAUGAAAAACCUGGUACUGAAGAUAAUAUCUGGAUCCUUUCCUCCUGUAUCCCUGCACUAUUCCUAUGAACUCCGCAGUUUGCUCUCUCAGCUAUUUAAAAGGAAUCCUAGGGAUAGACCAUCAGUCAACUCCAUAUUGGAGAAAGGUUUUAUAGCUAAACGAAUCGAAAAGUUUCUCUCACCUCAGCUUAUUGCAGAAGAAUUUUGUCUAAAAACACUUUCAAAGUUGGGACCACAGCCUCUACCAGGUAAAAGACCAGCAUCAGGGCAAAGUGCCAGUUCUCUUGUCCCUGCUCAGAAAAUCACAAAGCCUGCUGCUAAAUAUGGAGUGCCUUUAACAUAUAAGAAGUAUGGAGAUAAAAAGUUACUUGAAAAAAAAUCACCCCCAAAACAUAAACAGCCCUAUCAAAUUCCAGCAAAGAAAAUGUGUUCUGGAGAAGAAAGGAAGAAAAUGUUUGAGGAAGCAGCAAAGAAAAGAAAGUUGGAAUUUAUUGAGAAAGAGAAGAAGCAGAAGGAUCAGAUUAGUUUCCUGAAGGCGGAGCAGGUGAAGAGGCAAGAGAAGCAGCGGUUGGAGAGAAUAAAUAGGGCCAGGGAACAAGGAUGGAGGAAUGUAUUAAGGGCUGGUGGAAGCGGUGAAGCAAAGACUCCCUUUUUUGGCAGUGGAGGGGCUGUCUCUCCAUCACCUUGUUCUUCUCGAGGGCAGUAUGAACAUUACCAUGCCAUUUUUGAUCAAAUGCAGCGACUGAGAGCGGAAGAUAAUGAAGCGCGAUGGAAAGGAGACAUAUAUGGGCGCCGGCUUCCAGAAAGGCAUAAAGGACAUCUAGCCUUAGAAAGAGCUAAGCGAGUGGAAGAGUUCCUGCAGCGUAAACGAGAAGCCAUGCAGAAUAAAGCCCGGGCCGAAGGACAUGUGGGAAUCCUGCAGAACCUGGCAUCUCUGUAUGGAGGCAGGCCCAGCUCUUCCAGAGGAGGGAAGCCAAGGAACAAGGAGGAAGAGGUUUAUCUAGCAAGACUGAGGCAAAUAAGACUACAAAAUUUCAAUGAGCGCCAACAGAUUAAAGCCAAACUUCGUGGUGAGAAUAGCGAAGCUAAUGGUACUAAACGACCAGAAGCAAUUGAAGAGGCUGACUUGAGGCUCAAAAAGAUGGAGUCACUUAAGGCCCAGACAAAUGCUCGUGCUGCUGUCCUAAAAGAACAGCUGGAGCGAAAAAGAAAGGAAGCCUAUGAGAGAGAAAGACGGGUGUGGGAAGAGCAGUUGGUGGUGAAGGUAAGGAGCUCAGAUGUUUCUCUACCUUUGGAGCAUCAAGAAACGGGGGGUUCUCCAUCAAAGCAGCAAAUGAGACCUGUUAUUUCUGUGACUUCAGCUUUGAAAGAAGUGGGCCUGGACGGAAGUUUAACUGAAACCCAAGAAACUUCAGAAGAAAUGCAAAAGAGCAGCAAUGCUGUUUCAAGCAAGCGAGAAAUACUCCGUAGGCUAAAUGAGAAUCUUAAAGCUCAGGAAGAUGAAAAGGAGAAUCACCAUCACUCAGAUUCUUGUGAGGUCGCUGGUCACAAGGAUGCCAAGGAGUAUGAGAAAGAAAAUGCCAUUUCCUCUGAUCGCAAGAAGUGGGAGGUCGGAGGUCAGCUUGUGAUUCCUCUGGAUGAAGUGACACUGGAUACAUCCUUCUCUGCCUCUGAAAAACAUACCGUGGGAGAGGUAAUUAAGUUAGAUUCUAAUGGCUCUCCAAGAAAAGUCUGGGGGAAAAGCCCUACAGAUUCUGUCCUGAAGAUACUAGGAGAAGCUGAACUCCAACUCCAGACAGAACUACUAGAAAACACAGCUUUUAAAAGUGAGAUUUAUCCUGAAGGCGAAAACUACAAGCCCUUAACUGUUGGAGAAGAGAAACCAGAAUGUAUUUCAAAAGAAAUAAAUCCAUCAGGUACUGUUGAUUCUGUUGAAACAGAAAGCCCAAAGUUUAGUGAGGUGCCUCCACCAAUGUCAGAAGGAAAUGUGGAAGAACCUGAUGAUUUGGAGACAGAAGUUCUCCAAGAGCCAAGUAGCACAGACACAGAUGGGAGUUUGCCACGUGCUGUUAAUGAUGUGUGGAUUAGUGAGGAAGAAGAAGCUAAAGAAACUGAGUUGGAAGAUAAGGUUGCUGAGCAGCAGAGUGAGGUUUGUGAAGGCAGAAUUCCAGGGAAUGUGGAGCAGUCUCGUGAGGAUCAUAUAGAGCCUGCAGUAGAUGAUUCUCAGCAGUCUAGAUGUGACGUAGAGAAGUCAGUACCACCAGAACCAUUCUUCCAGAAAGUGGCUCAGUCGGAGCACUUGAGUGUAGUUCAGUCAGAACCAGUUUCACUCCGAUCUUGCUCUGAUUCACCACCAAAAACUAAAACCAAGAACUCCUUACUGAUUGGGCUUUCAACUGGUCUGUUUGAUGCAAACAACCCAAAGAUGCUGAGGACGUGUUCACUUCCAGAUCUUUCCAAGCUGUUCAGAACCCUGAUGGACGUUCCCACUGUAGGAGAUGUUCAUCAGGACAGUCUGGAGAUAGAGGAGCUUGAAGAUGAGCACAGUAAAGAUUCCGAAGACACUGUGUUUGAAGAAACUGACACAGAUUUACAAGAGCUUCAGGCCUCAAUGGAGCAGCUGCUCAGGGAGCAGCCCGGUGAUGAGUACAGCGAGGAGGACGAGUCAGCCUUAAAGAGCAGCGACGUGGAGCAGACAGCAAGGGGGACAGAUGCCGCCGACGAGGAUGACAACCCCAGCAGCGACAGUGCCCUGAACGAGGAGUGGCACUCAGAUAACAGUGACGGUGAGACUGCUAGUGAGUGUGAAUACGACAGCGUCUUCAGCCAUUUAGAGGAGCUAAGGCUUCACCUGGAGCAGGAAAUGGGCUUUGAGAAGUUAUUUGAGGUGUAUGAGAAAGUAAAGGCUAUUCAUGAGGAUGAAGAUGAAAAUAUUGAAAUUUGUUCAACAAUAGUUGAGACUAUUUUGGGCAGUGAGCAUCAGCAUCUCUACGCCAAGAUUCUGCAUUUAGUCAUGGCAGAUGGAGCCUAUCAUGAAGAUAAUGAUGAAUAAUCCUCAGGACAUUCUUUAAUAUUCGACUAUAUGAAAACAUUUGAACUUGGCUCAUAAUACAGGCUUCCUGGGAAAUAAAGAUUAUUUAUGAAAAAUGCCAGAUUUAAGAUAGGCAUGCUUAUUGCAUGAAAAAAUUUGAGAAGUGUGUUUUUUCUUACAUUUUAUCUACUUUAUUUUGUUUAUUGGAUUCUAUAGCUGACUCCUGUAGGCUCCUAUAGAAUGUAUAUGUCUUUAAAUCAGUCCACCAAAGCUUUGAGUCAGAAAUGGAAUUAAUAGUGAUAAAAUUCACCACAAAAUAAGGAACUAAUUUUAGCAACAGUCUUUCUGUGGAAGGAGCUGCCUGUAUCAUAAGAGGCCUACCACUAGGGUUUCAUUUCAAUUUUAGCAUGAUUUUUUUCCCGUCUAGGAUUUUUCAUCCUGGCUAGCAGGUUCGCAUUAAAUAUUUCCUGUCAAGGGCUCUAUUCAAAUCUCUACAUUUGGAAGAUGAAAUUUUAACCUUGAAGUUUGUAUUCUCAAGUCAUUUUUCAACCAACCACUGAAUCUCCUGACCUAGCCAGUGGAAACAGACUGUGGAAAUAAUCCUAAAAAUCAUUGAAAGAUUUCAUUAUGAGGGAAUACCGAAGCUAUAUUUCCUGACACUUAAAAGUUCCUUAAUUUCUUCUGUUUCUCUUUAUAGACCAGAAAUAGUGUGUCUAAAAAUCAGGCUAUAAGUUUAAAUGUGGACCUAGCAAAUAGCAUAAAAUUGCCCUUUUGGUUUUUAACCCCUCUCGUAUAUGUGCCUCAGUGUCACCUGCUAAAAAGGAGGGGAGCCUUUGUUUUCAGCACCCUGACAGUUUGGUAACUAGUACGGGGAAAUGUCUGCCUCUCAUUUUCAGUACGAGGAUGGAAGCAGAUCAUUACAGUGACGGUCACAUAGUUUCACUUAUGUGAAACUGCAUAUGGGGACAGUUACAGUCUCAGAAUAAGCCAAGUAUACAUGGCUUCAUUGUCUACAGUCCGAAUGUUCAUAAUAAUAGCAGAAAUGUGUGCUUCUUAGGGUACCAGUCAGCCUGAUGGGCGUAAUCUGUCAUCUGAAACGUGGGUUCUUACCUUGCAGCACUAUUAGUACUGUAUUGACUUUAUUAUGUAUAUUAUUUCUAACAUCCAGAACUAAAUAGUUGAUUUUUAUAUUUUAUUUUGUACUAUUAAAUUCGUAUUAUGUACCUGAA